CCCGCCAGAGUUCGCGGCCGGACGAUGCGGAUGCGGCUUUUCCUCCCGCGGGGAGGAAAUGCAGCUUCGGCGGACACCGAACGCCGGAGUGCCGGCUCGCGCGGCCAGCAGGCUCAGCGCGAAGGUGGCUCUACGGAUUUCCCGUGGCCCCGCGCGCUGCGCUUUUUGCGAUUGAGAACCGGAUCGCGCUCUCGUUGGAUCAGCCAAACACGCUUGAGUUACUGCGAUCGCCAAGUGUUGCCGCGCUCGCGAUAUCUGCGCGCGUUUUCCCUCGGCGAGCGCUCCACGCUCUCGUAUCUCUAAUCGGCGAAACUGUUUCCCUUUUCUUUUUCGCUCUGUUUCUCCCUUUUCUUCCUUUUGCCCAGGCCCGUAGCGCAACGUGGUCGGCCCUGGGCCCCCGGAAUUUCGGCGAGUCGGGAAACUGGCCGCGCGAAGACUCGAACUGUCGCGUCGCAGAUUCGGCGCUUGGGGGCGCUCGUAAGACUUCGGAAUCGGCGCGACUAGUCGCGCGAUCUAUGGAUGUUCGCGAAGCCGAACCGUUCGAGCCUAACCGCGCAUGUCUUCUUCGGGAAAUUGGGAAUCUCGCGGAUUCCCGCGUUUUUGCCGUUUGUCCUCCCACGCGAGACCCUGUCGAAGGCCGUCGCGCUCUUCGGGCUCGCGAUUUCUAUCGAGUGCGUCCUACGCCCAAAUGCGCCGCGCAUUUUCCGCUGGCCGACAAAUCGUCGCGAAAAAAUGGCCGCGCUCGCGAGUGCCGACCAAGUGAGCGAGGCAGCGACCGGACGCGGUGCUGGCUGCCGAGGAGGCUCCGACCUGGACGGCGCGGACCGAGGACAAGACCCGGGUGGCUGGUUGGACGUCGCUGAACGCCGAAUGAUACUGGCGCGCCCUACGUACUGUACAAAGAUAACAUGGAGAGACCCCAGGGUCAGUGGGGCCCAGGGCCGGGAUCUCUCCAGGACGGUGGACUGUACCCGCAGCAGCAGCAACAGCAGCAGCAACAGGGUUCGACCUCGUCGGGAAGCCCGCAGCAGGCCUGUGGACCUCCGGUCGAGGGUGAAAACGGUCCCCCGCCCUCGUUAGCCUCGCCCGUGCCCUCACCGUAUCCCUCGGCGCCUCCCGAGCCUCAGUCCUUGACUCCACCCGAUGAUGACAUACAGUCGAGUCAGACCACGUCCCAGCAGCAGCAGCAGCAGCAGCAGCAGCAGCAGCAGCAGCAACAACAGCAGCAGCAGCAGCAGCAACAGCAAACGCAGCAGCAGGUCCAGCAGCAGCAAGUCCAACAGCAGCAGCAGCAGCAGCAGCAGCAGCAACAGCAGCAGCAGCAGCAACAGACGCAACAGCAAGACCACUCGCCGCAGCAACAACUGACACCCCACGAGGUGGACCGCAGCGACUGCUUCCCCGGGGCCGGUGAGCUGCAACAGUACCCGCAGCACUACUUCAAGGAGGCCAGGCCGCACCCCUCGCCGUCCGUGCCGCCGCACAUGCUCACCCCCGGCGGCUUCUCCGCGCUGCACUAUCUCAAGCAACCCGGCGUGAUGCUGACGUCCCUCGGCCAAGGGGACGGCGGGCCCGGCCUGGACGCGCACCAGUACGCGAGCCCGGGCGCGCCGAACCUGGCGACCGGGCUGCCCGACAUCGUGCAGCAGAGCGGCAAGUCCUCCAAGUCCGGCAACAGCGACCUGCGUCUGUUCAAGUGCUUGACGUGCGGCAAAGAUUUUAAGCAGAAGUCGACUCUGCUGCAGCACGAGCGGAUCCACACGGACAGCCGGCCGUACGGGUGUCCGGAGUGCGGCAAGCGGUUCCGACAACAAUCGCAUCUGACGCAGCACCUGCGCAUACACGCUAACGAGAAGCCGUACGCUUGCGUGUACUGCGAGCGUACGUUCCGGCAGCGUGCCAUCCUCAACCAGCAUCUGCGCAUCCACUCGGGUGAGAAGCCAUACCAAUGUCCGGAGUGCGGAAAACACUUCCGUCAGAAGGCGAUCCUGAAUCAGCACGUCCGCACACACCAAGACGUGAGCCCGCACCUCAUCUUCAAGAAUGGGAUGACGCCGACGCUCUGGCCGCAGGACGUGCCGUUCCCUCCCGAGGAGGGUAAGGAGGAGGUGGCGUCGACCUUCGGCGACACGGACACGCAGUCGGGCGCGUUCAGCCCGGCGCCGGACGCCAACUCCAUGCAGUACCCGGCUUACUUCAAGGACCCGAAGGGCGGCAGUCACGCGGUCUUCGGCGCGGCCGGCACCGGCAGCUUCGGCGCGCUGCAGUACAUCAAGCAGCAAGGCGGCACGAAGAGCUGCCUGCCGGACGUCAUACAGCACGGCCGCUCGGCCGGCAUGCCGCUCUACGUGCGCUGCCCGAUCUGCCAGAAGGAGUUCAAGCAGAAGUCGACGCUGCUCCAGCACGGCUGCAUACACAUCGAGUCCCGUCCGUAUCCGUGUCCGGAGUGCGGCAAGAGAUUUCGCCAGCAGUCGCACCUCACGCAGCACCUGCGCAUCCACACGAACGAGAAGCCGUACGGCUGCAUGUACUGCGGCCGCAACUUCCGCCAGCGCACGAUCCUCAAUCAGCAUCUGCGCAUCCACACCGGCGAGAAGCCGUACAAGUGUCAGCAGUGCGGCAAGGACUUCCGUCAGAAGGCGAUCCUGGACCAGCACACGCGCACCCACCAGGGCGACCGGCCGUUCUGCUGCCCGAUGCCCAACUGCAGGCGGCGCUUCGCCACCGAGCCCGAGGUGAAGAAGCACAUCGACAACCACAUGAACCCGCACGCGGCCAAGGUGCGCCGGAACUCGAGCGGCGGCGCCGCCGGCGACAGCAAGCCGCCCGGCACGCCGGUCAGUUUAGGCCCGGUCACGGUGCCGCGCGGCCUCACGCCCACAGUGGUGAAGCCGGAGCUCUACUUCCCGCAGUGUUACGCGCCCGCGUUCAACCAUCAGCCGCCGGUGUCGAGCGCGCAGUUCCCCGGCCAGGCGAACGGCGUGUCCGUCACCGGCGAGUUCAAGCCGCCGACCGGCCUGCCGCCGCAGUGACUAACCGUCCAUCCUGCCGCCUACUAGCAAGCAGGAAUCUCCGCGCUGAGGUUUCAGCGCUGCUUCGGUCCCGCGCUCACGGCUCCGGAGGCCGCCGCCAGCGUCACGUCGAACAACAACAACAACAACAACAACAACAACAACAACAACAACAACAAC